AUGAAGUAUUUUUCUAUUUGGACGAAAACAAUUAUUUUAAUCAAUAUUCUACUGAUGAAUAUAAGCAGAGCAGAUAUAAAACUAAGCGAAAUUGAAUCAACUUUGAAAUUUGAAAUUAAAACUAGCCUAAACAGUGUGAAGAUAAACCCAGAAGGACCUCUUAACCUUCUACGCGGAUUAAUUUAUCAGAAGAUGGAGUGCAUGUAUAACAAAAGAUUCUUUGCCCCGGAGAUUGACACAAAAUACAAUUUAGAGGAAGAUGAAAGUGACUGUAAGAGACAAAAUUACUACACGUAUACACGAGAUGAACAGAAGGAUAAAGCAUACAAAGCACUAUCAGAGAAUGAAAUGGAUUUAUAUACUGAAAAUUAUCACACUCACCUGAUUGAUCUAUUUCCAUCUCCUACUGGCGAUGUAACCAUAGAGACACGAGGGAACCAGUCAUUCAUUCAGUUCCUUCGGGCAGAAAAAGUAGAGAAAUAUGCACUGCAUAUUCUGGCUAUGCUGCUUCUUUUCUCAGAGGGAGUGAAUAUUCCCAUUGAAGUCACUAACAGCGUACUAAAGGUCUAUGAAAAAGACAAAAAAGACGAGAUAUACUUUAAAGUACCCAUGGCAAUCCCAUGGAUAAGCACAGUAACCAAUGAGUUAGAGACAAUAUGCCAAAAGAAAGCUAAAAGAUUAAUCAUUUUCUUUAAGGAAAAUUCGAAUAGUAGCGAAGUGUUGAGCAUGCUGAAUGAUAGAUGUACAAAAGCAAGUGUUAUCUCUGGGAAGUUCUUAAAUAGUCCAAAGUUCCUGAUUCAGUCGUACAUAUUCGGGUUCAUUGACACGGCAAACCAAGCAAAAGAGUUUAUUCAAGUUGUUCACUCAAUGACAGAGAAAUAUGUACCAAAGACGAAAAUACUCAGUAGAAGUGGAUAUUUGUAUGACAGGCUGUUUAAGCCUACUGGUGCAGAAGAAGGCACGGACUGCAUGGCUUUAAUGAAAGACAUAGAGCAGAUUAAGAGUAUGUAUAAGGUCUUUCCAUUUCUAGACAGCACAGAAAUUCCUGCUUACAGAUCUAUUCCUUUGUACAACCGAAAAACAAAGUUAUUUUCUGAUAACCGUUUGGAAGACUACAGCAACUGUGUGGAGUGUGUGAUUCUUUCUCUUUUCUGCUGCCUGGCAUAUGACCCAGCAGAGAGAAUUUAUCGGACAGACCACAUGGGAGAUGUCUCUGAAGAACUUAAAGAAUUCUUCUCUUUGGAGAACCAGCCAGUUGACACAACAAAGGCAGAAUUUCAGAAGGAGUGGUGCAAAGUUGUUGCAGACUUAAAAAAUCCUAGAAUUGCAUACUGCACGGGAAGAAACGAGUUAGACUGUGGUCUUAUAAAUAUGCUCAUGGUUAUUGCUGAAGUGGUAAAUGCUCCAGAAGAAGAAAAAGACAAAAUACUUGGCUUUUCACAGUAUUUAAAUGAUAAACAUGGAGAAUUUGAUGAUAAAUUAUACGAUGCAGUUGAGAAGUACACAGAAUCAUUACUUAAACAUCUAUCCAAGACAAAAAAUAUAGAAAUAGAGUUAUCUGAGGUUGAAAGUACUAUAUAUAAUAAUGGAAGAUAUGAUAUAUCAGGUGAUAUUAUUAUAAGAUUUCAGCACAAUGGCAUUUAUAACACUAUAGUUUUGGAAAUAUCCGACCAGCAUAGCAGCAUUGAAAUGAAAUCCCCUACCAUGAAAUUCACAGAUCUCCGAGUGAAUAAAAUGAAUAAGAUGAUAAAAAGCUGCAAAAAUAGAAAAACCUUCAUUGAAAAUCUAUUUUUAAUAUACGCUGGGUACGAAAUGAGAAAAAUCAGAGAUAAUGAGGAAAACAAAAAAUAUAUAAAAAAUGAGAUACAGAAUGUCGUUGAGAACAACUUCAUAGAUAUAAAUAGACUGUUGUUAAUUAAGAAAAUCAGUGACUUAGACUACAAAAUAGAGCUGCUUACAGGUUCUAUUGUAUACAGCAUGGAUAAAAAGCUAUUUCCAUGCCAUCCUAUUGUUCGCUUCACCUCUAACAUACUAGGAAGCACAGAACUAGACAACCAAAAUACUCAAAAUAGAAUACUUCCUUCAAUUGUUGCUGCAAAUCUGCAUAGUACAAGAGAAGGUAAUCUAAACUAUCCAAAAAUACAGUUGCAAGAAAAAACGUAUAAUUAUAUAUUAACAAACCUAAGUCUUCAGGAGUUUGUUAAGUACACAUUAGAUUAUGAUAUAAGUAUUUUCAUAAUGUGGAUUAAAUACUGUAUAGAUAAGAUAGAUCCAGACAAAAAUCCAUUCUUAAACUUACUAUUAAGCAGUUUGGUAAAUGAAAUUGUUUGUGACCAUCUAUUUAAAGAUGACAGUAUGAAGUACUCUAAGAUAAUUGAUGAGCUUAUUAUAAAAAACUAUCCAAGCAGAAAAGAUAAACUAAUAAGUGAAAUUCACUUCAUAUGGAUUGUAUAUAUUUGUGCAAGAGAGAAUCCAAAUAUAGAACUUAUUAAGGAAAAUAUAAAUGCAAUACACAGUGCAAAGUACAUUACACUAGAAUCUCGUUCUUAUACUGAAGAGUGUUUUGGAUUUGAUAAGGUUGUAGAAACUCUUAAAAAACUGAAAGAUUCUUUAUGUGACAACGAGGAUUCUAUCCGUAAGAUUAACAAGAUUAUAUUUAUAUUAGAAUUGGAAUAA